GUCCUUUGUAAUGUGUCUCCAUUUUCAGACGCCUUUCUAGCCGUUUAAUAAACUUCUGAUACAAUAAACGGCCGUUUGUGCUUCUUUUCCGCGUUUGGCGGAAGGAAGUGUCUUGCGUAGCAAAAAUAUGGAUGAACAAAACGGGACUAUUGAAGUCACAGAUGGCAAAGGGGAAAAGAAACGAAAAUCCAAGCGGUAAGCCGUUGAUUUAUGAUAUUUAUCUUGUUAGCAGUAUGCGUGGUGGUUAAUAGCUUGUUUUCGGUUGAGUAUUUUAUGUGGUGGCCAAUGUAGCUAAAUGAAACUUUAUACAUGAUGGCAAUGCCAAUUGGUGCAAGCAAUUCGGCUGAAUAAUUCGAUGACAUAUACUAGCAAACACUAUAGGUCAAUUUGUCACUUUGAUAAUUGUCUUUCCUAUUUUUCGGGUUCACCACUACGUGUUGCAACUGUCACACUGUGUCGAACCCAGCUAGUAUAUCGAUCGCAAUCAUUUGGUUCUUUUGAACGGGCUUAAAUAUACUUGUUCCUAAAAUUGAGAGGUAAUAACGCAGUUAUUUCCCGUAUCGGCACUACAUCUGCUACUUUGUAAUCAAAAUAUUUGUUUUUAAAACAUCAAAAUAUUUGAGUGUUUUUAAAACAUCAGUUUGUUGAAAUUUUGUCGAAAUUUGCGUGGAAAUGAGCUUCAAACCUAUUUUGGGAAAGGUAUACUGUAUAUAUACAGUCAGUGGGAUUAAAAAAUUGGCUAGGACGUAACGUUUUUACCAAAGGUCUUUUAUACCUCAUAACACUGUAUGUAAUGUUUCAAUUUGGAAUAUAUACGUUACAAUUACAUUUCGAAAAGUGUUACACGUCUCAUAAAUGGUUAAGAACAUGACUGUUAUCUAACAUAAAAUUCUAAAACAGUUUUAUAUUGGUUAAGUUGUCUGGAUAAAAAACAAAAUUAAUAAAAAUGACAAAUUUACCCAUAAAUUAAAACAUUUACUUUAAGAAUACAUUAAGGAAUUACUUGGUCUUUGACCUGGCCAACCUAUACUUGCAACAUCAGAACAACAUGCAUCAAAACAUAAGUUAUAAUUCACCUAGUUUCAGAUACGUUUCGUAUAACAAAGUUUUAUUAUGUUUACUUUUGCGGAAUUUCUCAACAAAGGCACUUACAGUAAUCCCAUUUGUUUUAGCCAAUGUCUGCUCGUUAUUAAGACGAAAGUUUGUUUUGUAUGGCAUUCCAGACGGCGCUUGUUUGCAAUAUAUAUCGUUUGUUUUCAUAGCUAUUCACAAAAUUUUAUCAAAAUCAAUAUUAAGGUCGGAAUUUCAGACAAAUGUUAUCGGCUAAUGGAUCUAUAUAUGCAUACUAAUUAGGCUUGAUUAAGUUUAUGUCAAACCAUUAACAUUUGCUUUUACUAUUCGAACUAUAUUUGUCAGUUUUUGCAAUAACUCCAAGCUUUAUUGCUUUUCCUUACUUGCAAAGUUGUAAAAAGGUUUAUUUUAUGGUCAGUUAUUUGAACAAUGUGUCAUCAUGGUGCUGCCAUCUGUGAAUGUCAUUUUGGUGUAUGUCAUUUAGUGAAUUUAGCCACUGAGCGUUAUACAAAACUGGAGGAGCAUUAUCAUUGAAUUCCGUCGUUUGCAUCCAAAGAUGAACAGUCUCAAAUAAACAUUGUCUGUUCUUUAUUUCUUUGUUUGUCAAAAGCAUUUAGCCGGCGUGGCUAGGGGCAUUUGAAGGUUAUAAUUAGCCCUUAGCAUCUUAGCUCAUUGGUAGCCAGCACUCUCUCCUCAACGAGUUACACUGUCUUGAUUGCGGCAGAAGUAACAAUGCAGGGCGCAGCAGGACGCAUUGCAGCUUAAUGAAUUAAUUACUCUUCUCCAAUCCCCCGCACUCCAUUCAAGGUUCAUUACCUAUACAUGUUGUUAAUUUCAACCGGUUUUUGUUUACAUACGAAAGUUUGCGGUGCCUAUAUGCAAAUACAUUUGCAACCACUGCUAGUACAAGACUGUUUAUAGAAUGUUAGUGUAGACCAUAUAGAACUACGAAGCAGCUUAUUUUAGCCUGAGCUUGUUAAUUCUACGUCUAAAAGGCUGUUGACAGGUAUACAUUUCAAGUUACCAUUUGUGUUAUAUCACCCUUUAAAUUCACAGCAGGGCAGCUGGCAUAGUAAUUAGUUGGCUUGUCCGGGUGUUAAAUUUCCUGUUUCAUUCUUGCAUUUAUAUGUUUAUUUCCUUUUCCCGAUUCUUGUUAUGUCCUCUGACAGUAUGCCGCUGUUUGGGAAGCCGAAUUUCGACGAAAAAGUCACAAAGUUUUACGAUCUGAAGGAAGUUCUUGGCACGUAAGUCGAAUAAAAUUGCUCUAUAUGUUUGUCUUUGCUGACAGAAGGAUGCGGUGUUCAAAUUAUCAGAAACUUAUAUGCGUUUGUCGGGUUAGCAUUUCAGAACUAAGUUCUUGUAUGUACAAAUAUUGUAUAAAUAUGUUGUUUUAUGUUCGGUUUAUUUACAAAUUCAGCGUCUAAGCGCUACAGUAUAAAACAUAGCUUGAAAAUAUUUGUGAAUAUUAUAUUAUUGUAUAUCUCACUUUAUAUAUUUAGGCAUUCUGAUUUCAAGUUGUCAAUUUUAGGAUAAAUAUAGGCUUAUGUUAUUUUAGGAUUAUUAACAAUUAACUAAAAUACAGUAGCAAUCUUUUCAAGGAAACAUUUACAGUGGAAUAGCGUGUGGAAUUGAUAAUAUAAAAUAAAAGUAAAAAAUUAACUAGACAGGAACACUCUACUCUGCAAGUAAUUUCUCAUUUCCCAAAAUAGAGGAGCGUUUUCCGAAGUUGUCAAAGGAAUAGAAAAGUCGACGGGCAAAGCCUAUGCUAUCAAAUGCAUAGCAAAGAAACAACUUAAAGGCAAGGAAGACAGUAUAGAAAACGAAAUAACUAUUCUUAAAAAGUAAGUCAUAUAUAAACAAUAUUAAUUUAGUGCAUUUCCGGUUCGCUAAUAUGUAAUUGACUUUUACUGUAGUAUACGUUAUAAACUGUUACUGCAAAAAUUCUGGCUGGCUUACGGUAUAGUAAUACUCUACAAAUCUUCAUAUUAUAUCUUAUAUGAUUAUGUGUUUGUUAUUCCACACUACAGACUGCCACAAGCACUAAAUAGGACGGCUUGUAAAUAUAGAAUUUUGCAAUAUAUAUUUGGAAUAUUAAUUAGAACUUGAAAUGUUGCAAUUUAAAAUUUCGAGUUCCACAUUUGUUGCAAAUUAUGAAUUUAGUAAUUUUAAGCAUUUUUUUCAGGAAAACUUAUAUAUAAUAAUUCUUUUCUGUGUUUAUAUAUUGUAAUUAAAUAUUAUCAUUCUGCCAAAUUUGUUUUUUCGUUGUGCCUCUGGAUUGAGAAUAUAUUUGGGUUUUUCAGCCACAGCAGGUCCCCGUUAGGUCCCCAUUAGACCAAGGUUAGGGUCACAGGUAACGACUAUGUUUAGGGCUUGGAAUUUAGUCAAAACUUUGUUACACAUAUUCAUGCAGCCGUAUUAAUCAAAGGUUUUCAGAAUUAUUGAAAGGGGGCCCCUAUGCCCCCCAAUAAUGGGCCUGUACCUACAUUAAACCUUGACCCCAAUUUUUUUCUUUCUAGAGUUAAUCAUAAACACAUAAUUGGCAUGAAAGAGUUAUAUGACAAUAAAACGCAUCUAUAUUUAGUUAUGGACUUGUAAGUAUAAUGUUAAUGUUAAUUUUAGAAAGAAUAUAUAGGUAACAAAAUCACACACUUCUCUAAUAUUGACACCUCUCAAAUAUGUACACCUCUUUAAUACAGGUACCUCUCUAAAAAGGGGCACCUCUCUAAUACAGAUACCUCUCUAAAAUAGGGGCACCUCUCUAAUAUGAACACUUCUCUAAUAUGGGCACCUCACUAAUACGGACACCUCUAAUAUGAAUAAUUUACUCUUUCCCCUCAGGAGUGGCAUGGCCCAUUUGGUUCCCAUUAUUUCAAUAAAAAAUGUGCCCAUGCAAUGUUUCACACUUUAACCCUUAAGUGACAAUGUGCCCAGAUGUGCCGUACUUUUUAUUUUACUCUGUCUAAUGCCAGAUGAUUUUACUUGUCAGGGGGAGAGUGCUGCUACUCAGUGGGUUAAUAGAAGGUUGCCCUGUCAUUCUCCCACCAUUUUCCAGUGAUCCAAGUUGGCCAUAACAAAAUCUUGUCCUCUUGGUGAUUCAUAUUUGUUAUUGUAUUUUGCAGAGUUACUGGAGGAGAGUUGUUUGAUCGUAUAGUUGAAAGAGGUAGUUACACUGAGAAGGAUGCCAGUGAUGCUCUGAAGUGUAUAUUGGAGGCGUGUGCAUAUUUACAUGAAGACUUAGGUGUCGUACAUCGCGAUUUAAAGGUAAUGUCGCAGAAUAUGUGAAUUAGUAUUAUGGAUUAUUAAGCAACCAACUGAUUAUACUAACAUUUUUUUCUAGCCAGAAAAUUUGCUCUAUGAAACGUAAGUUUUGUAAUUCUGUUCAGUUAGGCAGAUGGAAUUCCUGGAUUUAGGACACAUCUCUAUGCACACAUCUUGUGCGAUAAUUCUAAUGUAUUUCUUUAUAAAAACUAUAUAAAACAGACACAUCUUUAAUAUAGACACUUUGAUAUAUAUCUUCAGUGUCCAUUUGGACAAACCUACAUGACCAUUGAACGACCCUACAUGUCAUAUGUUCCUAAAAAGAGUUGAACUCUAUUUCAGUGACGAUGAAGAUGCACGUCUAAUGAUCAGCGACUUCGGUUUAUCAAAGGGAACAGAAGAUGGUGUCAUGGACACAGCAUGUGGAACACCGGGAUAUGUUGGUUAGUGCUGUGUUUCUUCAGGGCCGCUGGAACCAUGGGGGCUGUUUUCCUGGACAGCUGCCCCUGCUAUCCAAACAGUGUGGGGAGAGCAUGGUGGCAGCAAGUUGCCUUUUUUUACAAAAACUGUACCUCAGAAGUUGUGUGUAUUCACAUAAACUGAAAUUGAGAACUGCUGUCAAGCAAUUUAGCUCUAACUUGAUUUAGCACUAGUAGUUACAGAAACUGUUGAUAAGCAAAAAUACUAAACUUACUUUCAGCACCUGAAGUUUUGAAACAGCAACCAUACGGACCCCCAGUGGAUUGUUGGUCUAUUGGGGUUAUUGCAUACAUCUUGUAAGUACAAUAAAAGUUAGUAUCACAAGUAAUAUUUAAUCAUCCUCUGGUACUUGAAAGAGUAAAACAUUAAAAUAGGGGCUGCAUGCAUUUGCGCCCAUUGUCCGCUUCUUGAGAUAACAAGAGACAAUAUGCAUUUUGGCAGACUAAAAGUUGUACGAACUAGAAAUUUUACUGCACACAAAGUUGUACGCAAAAAUAGUUGUACACGCAAAGAGUACAAUCAGUUAAAGCGUUAUGUCGUGUUGAAGCUGGCGUUUUGAUGAAAGAAAUUGCGCUGCACAUCACAUUUGAAAGCGUUGUAUGCAACAACCAGCUGAGCGUUUGUUCUUUCCUUCAUUUAGAUUGUGUGGUUAUCCUCCAUUUUACGACGAAGAUGAUUCUAAUUUAUUUGCGCAGAUCAUGAAAGCAGAAUAUGAAUUUGAUGAACCUUACUGGUAGGUGACGUAAUAAUAAUAAUCGAAAUGACGAUAUAUACAGUAUACACUUUUUAAGACCUUGUUGGUUGCGGUAGGUUCUCUGGUAGGAAUCGAGCCUCCGGUCCAACGAUUCCAGUGCAGCGCUCUAACGAACUGAGCUACAGAGGCCUAACUUCCUGGCAGAGGACCUAGUGUGCAUUUUUUCCAACCGUUCUUGGUUAGGUAUAAAACGUGAAGUUUGAACCAAGUCAAGUGCAGAAAAGCUCUUUCAAGUUGCUGUCUGUUUACCAUCCAUUAGUUUAUUCACUUGAAACAAAUGACAAUAUGCACAAUUGAAGGAAAGAUUAAAAAAUCUAAUAGAUAUCAUUAUAUUAAUAAUUUUCUUUGUGUUUUGGUUAUAGGGAUGAAAUUUCAGAAUCAGGUAUUUAUCAAAAUCAUUAUCUUGGCCAAUAUCGCGUAGUCAAUAUCUUUAUCAUAUGAUGGUAAUGGUGUUUCGAGUGAAAUUCAUUUUCUCCAAAACAUUUCUUGCAGCGAAAGAUCUAGUCAGCCAUCUUAUGGAACCAGAUCCUGAUAGAAGAUUUACAUGUAGAGAAGCUCUAGUCCAUCCGUGGUAGGUGAACUUUCAUCUCUGCCUUUGAAAAUGUUUCCCAGCUUGAUCUGAACUAAGACUCAACGGGAGCCAAACCUAUCCUGAUAUAUUUAAAGAUUCUUACGCGAUUUUUAUAGGAUAUCGGGUGGUACGGCAUCAAGUAAGGAUAUACAUGGCUCUGUUAGUGAACAAAUGAAGAAAUCGUUUGCCAAAAACAGAUGGAAGGUAAUCCUAUUAUUUUUCGACGCGUAAGAAAUAUGUAACGUUGGGAACAAUUUUGGCCGUUGGCGAGGCAUCCUACCCCCAUCACCCUCGAAAAUUUGGGGCGUUUUUCCUCCCGUCCGCCUAUGGUUGUUGGAAUAACUUGUACCCGUGCGUUUCUCGUAUGUUGGCAAGAAAUUUAAUACAUUUUUUCCUUUCACUUGCAGCAAGCCUUCAACGCGACGGCCGCCAUCAAUCGAAUGAAACUACUGGGAAUCAAGUAACAAAAACAAUCCCUCAAAAACUAUCGAGAAUUUGGGAAAUUAUUUAGAAACUUUUAUUUCAUAAUUUCGUUAACCGCGCGCACAACGAGUUUUGUCCUGGGAAUAGAGUUCAGUCCGUCCAUCCCACUGAGCGUCGUAUAUAUCUGGAGCGAGAACUCGAGUCCAAAGAGUGAAGCCGAGAUAGCGGGAAUGGACCAUUUGCAUUAUAGACUAAAUUUUGAUCUAAACAAGUCCAGACAAAAAUUUCACCACAGCUUGAAAGAGCAUCACAAAAUUAGUAAUAUUCCAAAGUUUCGUUGCGAAAUGUUGUAAAAUGCGGAUAAUAUAGCCUUGCGAAGUUUGCCGUUUUUCAGUCAUUUUGUAUUACAAACGGGAAAUUGACAGCCCCAAAGGGUAUUGGGCUGUCAAUUUCCCCCGCGUAUUAGGCUGUAUUAUCCGCAUUUUAUAACAUUUCGCAACGAAACUUUGGAAUAUUACUACUUUUGUGAUGCUCUUUCAAGCUGUGAUGAAAAUUUUGUCCAGGCAUAUCUAGAUCAAAAUUUCACUCCUGAGGGGAAAGGUCUAUUGAAGAGCUAUUGAACGUCAGUUCCAGUCCCUUUCUAUUGUUUUUGUCUGCGCGGUCAACACGAAACUGGCAAGGAGUGUACCGAAAUUUCGUAUUUUGACAUCGAUUUAAAAAAUAACAUUACACGGCAAAAAACACCGAGCCCGCUGCUCAACAGGACUGAACAAUUAAACAAUGUUUUGCUGCCCACGUUGUUCACACUUGUCAACAAUAUUGAACAAUGUUGUUGAGCCUGAAUUGGAUGUAACAAUAUUGUUCAAUAUUGUUGACAACUGUGAACAAUGUGGGCAGCAAAGCAUUGUUCAAUCCUGUUUUCAUCAAUAUUGCAACAACCUGAUCGUUUUUUGCCGUGUAUGGUUGGACGUCAAUUUCCACUAUCUUCACUUCACUUCUCUCAUUGGCCGAAUAUCAAAAGAAAGACGAAUGAACUUCUUGUUCCAGAUAUGUAUAGAGUACACUCGAUUCAUCCUCGUUCCCGGGGCUUCUUGGGAAGCUCUGAGAAGGAGGAUGAAUCGAUUCAUCCUCGUCCUUGGGCACUGGGAACGAGGGCAAUGGCGUCAGCAGAUACGUCAUUUUCAUGUCCGCCCUGGGGGACGGUUUAAUUUAAAACCACCAAUUGUUAGUAAAUUUAGAGGGUUUAUAUUGUAUACGCGAGUGUUCGAUUGUGCUGUAGAAAAUUUGUUGACAAUAAUUCAACCUCGGCGUUUGUGAAUUCGCAAUGUGUUCACAUCUGUUUUAGUAGCAGACGUGUUGAUGUUCUUCAAUGCUAUUCAAACACCAAUACGGUUAACGAACAAAUGAACUGACUGCUAAUUGUCGAUGACAAAUAAAUGGCUGUAUUUGUCAAGACUAUAGAGACCUUAAGAUGUAGGACGGCAAAGCGAUGACGACGGGCAAAACAAAUUCAUUCAAAUAAAAAUGAUUGUAAAGAAAGCUUAUCGUAUAUUAUCAAUCACAUGAAUUUAACACAACUUGAACAGAUCAAAACAGAUGCUUUCUAUCGAGUAAAAUUCCACAUUAGUACUGAACCAAUCCAAACUGUGAACCAAUGGACCUAUUCCCUAAUCAACAGAAUUCCCUAAUCUAGACAAAAAAUUCAUCACAGCUUGAAAGAGCAUCACAAAAUUAGUAAUAUUCCGACGUUUCGUUGCGAAAUGUUGUAAAAUGCGGAUAAUAUAGCCGUGCGAAGUUUGCCGUUUUUCAGUCAUUUUGUAUUGCGCACGGGAAAUUGAUACCGCUUUCUGAAAAAAGGUAUCAAUUUCCCGCGCGUAAUACAAAAUGACUGAAAAACGGCAAACUUCGCACGGCUAUAUUAUCCGCAUUUUACAACAUUUCGCAACGAAACUUCGGAAUAUUACUAAUUUUGUGAUGCUCUUUCAAGCUGUGAUGAAAUUGUUGUCUAGACUUGUUGAGAUCAAAAUUUUGUUCAUUAGGGAAUAGGUCCAUUUGCUGAGUGUCCACUUCUUACGUACUAAAAUGCAAACGUUGUAUACAGGACUUUAAGACAGUUUUCCACUUCAAGUUUACCGUACCGAAACGUAUCAAAAACAUUUUUAAAUUUCCAAAUUUAGUGAAUGUUGAUUGGUUAAUACUUCUGUAGUACGCCAAAAAGUUGACUUGCGACCAAUUUUCAUUUUGAUACGCGAAUACACCCGGAAGUACGCGGAUUUAUCAACCUCUUUUCAAUCUACGCAUGCUCACCAGUACGUUACGGUUGAAGUGCAAAACUGGCUUAAAACUCUGCUUUACCCGUUGUAAACAGACCGAGGACGUCUAAGUCUUCCGUGGGAUUUUAAUUAUUUCUUUUCUUAAAUAUGAUAUUAAUUUCAUCGUAUUACUAGUCGUUAUCACGUUGCCAUCAUAGAUCUUAAGGUCUCUGGUGCUUCAGACCAACUGAACGCAUUUCGCCAUUCUAUUUUAAUUUUCUUCCUUUUUAUUAAAUAUUUAAAUUAUCCUUCGUCCACCUUUCUUUUAAUGUUCAUCCCAGUCUUAUGCCUGCUACUGUAGAGCGUGUGCAUUCAACGCAUGCUCAUUUUAGGUUUUUCAAUUCGCUUAAUGCUGGAGUAAUACGAGCAACAAAAUUGCUGCAACUUGCAACAAAAUCUGAUUUCUACGCAUGUUAAUUGAAAAUGUUUACACACAUAAAUUACAAAUCACGAGGCAACACGUGUCAACAUUUCUACUUAACAUGCGUUGAAAUCAGAUUUUGUUGCAAGUUGCAGCAAUUUUGUUGCCCGUAUUACUCCACCUUUACAAGAGACAAUGAUGCAAAAAUUUUGAAUGCAUAUCCAUUCAAAAUAGGUCAAAGCAAAGGUAGUCAACACUCGCUUGUAUAUAAUUCUGACCGCACGUCUAUACCAUAUUUGUCGAAUGACAUCACACAACGAAUACGUACUUGUUUCCAUAGCAACACGUGGUGUUAUCCUUUGAUAACAGCAAUGGGUCUUAGUUUGAUCGCUUUCUUGCUGAUCCCUGCCUCAUGACCUGAAGAAAAAAAUACCUACAAUAAU